GCCAGAGGAGCUGGCAUGCGGCGGCGCCGUGGCUCCAUGUUCUGCUCCUGUCGCUGCUGCGGUUCCUGGGAUAGCCCCUGCAGUUCAGAAAUCUCCAGCGCAACAGGAGGAGAACAGAGCCUCCCCCCUAGAUUUCUGCCCUUUGUAUGUGAUGGCUGUUCAGGAGUUUUUUGCCUUCAACAUAGAAGCCGGGAUUCUCAUGGCUGUUCUGAGGUGAAUAUAAGAAGCGAGAGCAUGAAAUCGGACGAACACCGAUCUUACCCAUGCACAUAUAAGGGCUGCAAUGGAAAAGAGCUUUUACCAGUUUUAUCCUACUGCAAGAAACAGUUUUGCUUAAGACACCGUCAUCAGUCAGACCAUGAGUGUGAGAAACUGGAUACCCCUAAACCUCGCAUGGCUGCUACCCAGAAGCUAGUUAAAGAUAUUAUAGAUUCUAAAAAGGAGGAGGCAGUAAGAAGCAAAAGACGGAAAGGAGCAAAAAACCGUGAAACAGCGGCAAAGGUGGCACUAAUAAAACUGAAAAUGCACGCAUGUGGGGAUAAGUCCUUGCCACAGACAGAAAGAAUUUAUUUUCAAGUGUUUUUACCUAAGGGAAGCAAGGAGAAGAGCAAACCCAUGUUCUUUUGCAGUAAGUGGAGUAUUGGCAAAGUAGUAGACUUUGCAGCUUGCUUAGCAGACCUUAAAAAUGACAACAACAAAUCAACAGCCAAGAAAUUAAGGCUGUGUCAUACUGUAUCUGGAGAAGCUUUGCCAUUGGACCAUACAUUGGCUACUUGGCUGUCCAAUCAAGAGUGUCCAUUAUAUAAUGGUGGAAACAUUAUUCUAGAAUACCUUGAUAAUGAAGAUCAGUUUAUAGAAGAUACAAAUUCAUAUUUAGAGUAGCUAAUUGGUGAACUGGAUGGAAACAAAUAUCACCAGAAAAAACACUGAGCUAAAUCCAAGCACAACUUGCAUUUAGAAUGGGUUCAGACUUGAUUCGGCCCUGAGCCACCCAGACACAAUUCCCACCAACUUCAGUGGGAGUUGCAUCUGCAUAACUGAGUAGAAUUGAGCCCUAUCUCUAAAAAUAAAUCUAUAUUUUUAAUGUAGAAUAGUUGUGGUUACUUGAAACAAGAGUUUAACCCAUUUAAUAAAUAUUUGAUGUUGGUCAAUUUGAAAUAUUCAUAAGACAGACAGUGUUCCAGUCACAACUGGCACAGGAUACCUAUGGGCAAGUAAACUAACUCAUCCACCAGCUACCAGAACUAGGGAGUGGUUGAUACUGCUAACAAGAGAAUGUUUUGGUAAGCGGGCAUCACCUCUAUGCUAUGAAUCUUUCCAUUUAUUUUAUUCUAUUGCCAUUAUGCAACCAAAUGAAACUUUUAUUUUAGGUUUUGUAUUUUAAAGUAUUUUUUGUACAUUACAAAGUAUUGAUGAAAACAAUAAAUGAAUUAAUAAUGUAAACCAGCAGAGUGAACAGUUAACUAAGGAGAUAAGCUCUUUAUAUUAUUGGAGGGGAUACCUGGUUUGACCUAGAGCCCUUCUUCAUUCUACAUCUGCCUCUUUUGUGGCUAAACAAAGUGACAGCCCUGUUGAACAAAACAGUUCAGUACCUUUCUAAAGCACGACAGUGAUGUAUUUUUUUUUAUUCUCUAUUUCUUGCUUUUAAGAAUGUACAGGACAGAGUUUG